AUGAGGAGACACGUCACGGCGCUUCUCUUCGCUGCGCUGUGCCUCGCGGUGGCGCACGCCGCUGCCGCCAGCGAGCGCGUCUGUCCCGAGGGGCAGCGGUGCGUCGCCGUGCUGUCGGGCUCGUCGGCCAGCGUGUUCACGACGGCUGCGGCGGCGCUCAACAUGACGGCGGUGGAGCUGUCGGCGGAGAAGAUGGCGACGCUGUCGGUGGCGGACGUGCAGCAGCUGGACGCGGUGGUGGUGUACGGGUCUGCGAUGUGCGGCAUGUCGGAGAUCGAGGCCAUGGCGCUGAACGGGACGUUUGGCAACAUGCUGGUGUCGAGGGAGCAGCUCGUGACGGUCCAGCCUAUCCGCAUCAGGGUCGAGAGCGACUCCGAGCACGCCGCGAUCAGGGCGCUGAUGAGCGACGGGACGGUGACCGCCGACACGUACGAGACCACGUACGGAUGCUACGUCAACGGCACGUACGUGAGCGGGUCCAGGAUGUGCCACAGGCUGGAGUACCGUCCGCUGCACGCGCUGGUGAGCUUCGUGGCGUCUGGGAGCGCGCCGGGCCUGAUGGCGUUCGACCGGGCGUCUCCAUACGGCUGCUCACUUCUAGAGGAGGAGGUGAGCGCGGUGUUUGAGGCGGCGAGGAAAAUCGGGCUGAGCGGCUCAGCACUGGAGUUGUACAUGCUCUCCGGGGGGUCUGCAACGCAGCUGGUGCUGGAGGAGGCGACGGGGACGGGUCUGCGGCCCUUCGCAGUGAGCUCGGAGACAGGCCGGGCCAUGGUCUUCUACCGCAAGGAGGGCGGCACCACGGCGCCGUUCGACCCGAACGUGACUGCGAUGGCCUUCACCGCGGCGCCGGGGCUGCGGGUGCCGGCCGAGGGGACGAUCGGCAACGUGACGAGCACGAUCACGGUACCGGCGGGGUGCGCGGUGUGGGACGUGGACGUGGCGGUGGCCAUCAGCCACGAGCACUCGGCGGACCUGGAGCUGUCGCUGGUGCACGGCGCGAAGACUGCGCAGCUUGCGCGGGACAACGGCGGGAGCACGGCGGACGCGUUUGUGGGGACGGUGUUUGACGACAACGGGACGCGGGUGGUGAGCGGCGACGGGCCGUUUGCGGGGCGGUGGAGGGCGUCGGACGGCAUCGGGCCAUUGACGUUUGAGUUUAUGGACGCGGCGGGGGAGUGGACGCUGGUGGUGGUGGACGGCGAGGUGCGGGACGUGGGCGUGCUGCACUCGUGGCAGCUGCGGCUGCAGUGCUACGGCGACGUGGAGAGCUUCGUGCCGGCAGCGCUGGCGGCGAACGCCACGCAGGAUGCCGAGGAUCUUGUUGCCGGCGCGAACGAUGCCGCUGCGAAUGCUCGGCUGUGUCCCGAGGGGCAGCGGUGCGUCGCCGUGCUGUCGGGCUCGUCGGCCAGCGUGUUCACGACGGCUGCGGCGGCGCUCAACAUGACGGCGGUGGAGCUGUCGGCGGAGAAGAUGGCGACGCUGUCGGUGGCGGACGUGCAGCAGCUGGACGCGGUGGUGGUGUACGGGUCUGCGAUGUGCGGCAUGUCGGAGAUCGAGGCCAUGGCGCUGAACGGGACGUUUGGCAACAUGCUGGUGUCGAGGGAGCAGCUCGUGACGGUCCAGCCUAUCCGCAUCAGGGUCGAGAGCGACUCCGAGCACGCCGCGAUCAGGGCGCUGAUGAGCGACGGGACGGUGACCGCCGACACGUACGAGACCACGUACGGAUGCUACGUCAACGGCACGUACGUGAGCGGGUCCAGGAUGUGCCACAGGCUGGAGUACCGUCCGCUGCACGCGCUGGUGAGCUUCGUGGCGUCUGGGAGCGCGCCGGGCCUGAUGGCGUUCGACCGGGCGUCUCCAUACGGCUGCUCACUUCUAGAGGAGGUAGGCCUUCAGAGGCCAGUGACAUCACGUCCGAACGGUGACUUCUACGCGGUGCCGCUGGGGUCGAGCGGGACGCUGGCACCGGAGACUCUGCCGGCAGCGUUGCAGGAGGUGAGCGCGGUGUUUGAGGCGGCGAGGAAAAUCGGGCUGAGCGGCUCAGCACUGGAGUUGUACAUGCUCUCCGGGGGGGCUGCAACGCAGCUGGUGCUGGAGGAGGCGACGGGGACGGGUCUGCGGCCCUUCGCAGUGAGCUCGGAGACAGGCCGGGCCAUGGUCUUCUACCGCAAGGAGGGCGGCACCACGGCGCCGUUCGACCCGAACGUGACUGCGAUGGCCUUCACCGCGGCGCCGGGGCUGCGGGUGCCGGCCGAGGGGACGAUCGGCAACGUGACGAGCACGAUCACGGUACCGGCGGGGUGCGCGGUGUGGGACGUGGACGUGGCGGUGGCCAUCAGCCACGAGCACUCGGCGGACCUGGAGCUGUCGCUGGUGCACGGCGCGAAGACUGCGCAGCUUGCGCGGGACAACGGCGGGAGCACGGCGGACGCGUUUGUGGGGACGGUGUUUGACGACAACGGGACGCGGGUGGUGAGCGGCGACGGGCCGUUUGCGGGGCGGUGGAGGGCGUCGGACGGCAUCGGGCCAUUGACGUUUGAGUUUAUGGACGCGGCGGGGGAGUGGACGCUGGUGGUGGUGGACGGCGAGGUGCGGGACGUGGGCGUGCUGCACUCGUGGCAGCUGCGGCUGCAGUGCUACGGCGACGUGGAGCGCUUCGUGCCGGCAGCGCUGGCGGCGAACGCCACGCAGGAUGCCGAGGAUCUUGUUGCCGGCGCGAACGAUGCCGCUGCGAAUGCUCGGCUGUGUCCCGAGGGGCAGCGGUGCGUCGCCGUGCUGUCGGGCUCGUCGGCCAGCGUGUUCACGACGGCUGCGGCGGCGCUCAACAUGACGGCGGUGGAGCUGUCGGCGGAGAAGAUGGCGACGCUGUCGGUGGCGGACGUGCAGCAGCUGGACGCGGUGGUGGUGUACGGGUCUGCGAUGUGCGGCAUGUCGGAGAUCGAGGCCAUGGCGCUGAACGGGACGUUUGGCAACAUGCUGGUGUCGAGGGAGCAGCUCGUGACGGUCCAGCCUAUCCGCAUCAGGGUCGAGAGCGACUCCGAGCACGCCGCGAUCAGGGCGCUGAUGAGCGACGGGACGGUGACCGCCGACACGUACGAGACCACGUACGGAUGCUACGUCAACGGCACGUACGUGAGCGGGUCCAGGAUGUGCCACAGGCUGGAGUACCGUCCGCUGCACGCGCUGGUGAGCUUCGUGGCGUCUGGGAGCGCGCCGGGCCUGAUGGCGUUCGACCGGGCGUCUCCAUACGGCUGCUCACUUCUAGAGGAGGUAGGCCUUCAGAGGCCAGUGACAUCACGUCCGAACGGUGACUUCUACGCGGUGCCGCUGGGGUCGAGCGGGACGCUGGCACCGGAGACUCUGCCGGCAGCGUUGCAGGAGGUGAGCGCGGUGUUUGAGGCGGCGAGGAAAAUCGGGCUGAGCGGCUCAGCACUGGAGUUGUACAUGCUCUCCGGGGGGGCUGCAACGCAGCUGGUGCUGGAGGAGGCGACGGGGACGGGUCUGCGGCCCUUCGCAGUGAGCUCGGAGACAGGCCGGGCCAUGGUCUUCUACCGCAAGGAGGGCGGCACCACGGCGCCGUUCGACCCGAACGUGACUGCGAUGGCCUUCACCGCGGCGCCGGGGCUGCGGGUGCCGGCCGAGGGGACGAUCGGCAACGUGACGAGCACGAUCACGGUACCGGCGGGGUGCGCGGUGUGGGACGUGGACGUGGCGGUGGCCAUCAGCCACGAGCACUCGGCGGACCUGGAGCUGACGCUGGUGCACGGCGGGAAGACUGCGCAGCUUGCGCGGGACAACGGCGGGAGCACGGCGGACGCGUUUGUGGGGACGGUGUUUGACGACAACGGGACGCGGGUGGUGAGCGGCGACGGGCCGUUUGCGGGGCGGUGGAGGGCGUCGGACCGCAUCGGGCCAUUGACGUUUGAGUUUAUGGAAGCGGCGGGGGAGUGGACGCUGGUGGUGGUGGACGGCGAGGUGCUGCACACCGGGACGUUGCACUCGUGGACGCUGGACUUGAAGUGCUUCGUGCCGUCCGCGCCAACCGAGACGAGUGCACCAUCAUCCACGCCAACUACGGCGCCCACCACGGCCGCGUCGUCGACGGCAGGCGGUGUGUGCACCGUCUCGACGUUGAACGUCGCUGCAGGAUGGACGCUGACUGGGGUCAGCCCGCUCGGGACGGUGUACGUGCGCAACGGCAACGCCAUUGGCAAGGUGAAUGCGGACGGCACGGUGACGGUGCUUGCGGGCGUGGCAGGGUCGUCAGGGUUUGUGGACGGAGUCGGCACAGCUGCUCGCUUCCGUGGCAUCGACGGCAUGGCGUGGAGCGGGGGCGUGCUGUACGUGGUGGACUUCCGGAACAACGCGAUCCGACGGGUGACCGACCCUGGCGGGGAGGUGACGACGAUCGCUGGGUCGGGUGCGUCGGGCUUCGCCGACGGUGUGGGUGCCGCGGCGCGCUUCAACUGGCCGACGCAGGCGGUGGCGGGGCCCGUGGGGGGUCCGUUUGAGGGCUCGAUCCUGGUGGCGGACCACUGGAACAACGCUGUGCGGGUGGUGACGCCGGGCGGCAACGUGACGACGCUGGUGUCGGGGGUCGGGAUGCGCGACACGACGGGCGUGGCGGUGUACGGGGACCGCGUGUACGUGGUGGACCGCGACAACUACCGCGUGGUGGUGGUGGACGCGACGACGGGGGCGAUGACGCCGUUUGUGGGGUCGGGCGUGAGGGGGCGCGUGGACGGGUUCGGAGCCGCGGCAGGUUUCGACGUGCCGCAGCACAUUGUGGUGGACUCCGCGGGGUGGCUGUACGUGACGGAGCAGAGUGGUGUCGCGGUGCGGAUGGUGAGUCCGGAGGGCAACGUGACGACGCUGGCGGGGUCGACGCCUGGGUACGCGGACGGUGCUGCGUCGGUGGCGCAGUUCGGCGAUCCUUACUCGAUCGCGCUGGCAGCGAGCGGGACGCUUUAUGUCGCCGCUGCGGGAUGGACCGUGGCUGGCGUUGGGCCCGACGGGUCGGUGUACGUCACGGGUGGCAGCCAUGCCAUUCAGAAGCUGCAUGCGAACGGCACGGUGACGGUGCUCGCGGGCGUGGUGGGGUCAGCAGGGCUCGUUGACGGCGUGGGGGCGGCGGCGCGGUUCCGGCGGCCGGAGGGCCUCGCGUGGAGCGGGGGCGUGCUAUACGUGGUGGACUCUGGCAAUGACGUCGUGCGAACGGUCACUUACCCCGGUGGGGAGGUGACGACGAUAGCUGGAUCGACCUCGGCAGGCUUCGUUGACGGCGUGGGCGCCGCGGCGCGCUUCAACUGGCCGACGCAGGCGGUGGCGGGGCCCGUGGGGGGUCCGUUCGAGGGCUCGAUCCUGGUGGCAGACCACUUGAACCAUGCCGUGCGGGUGGUGACGCCGGGCGGCAACGUGACGACGCUGGUGUCGGGGGUCGGGAUGCGCAAAGCGACGGGCGUGGCAGUGUACGGGGACCGCGUGUACGUGGUGGACCGCGACAACUACCGCGUGGUGGUGGUGGACGCGACGACGGGGGCGAUGACGCCGUUUGUGGGGUCGGGCGUGAGGGGGCGCGUGGACGGGCAGGGUGCGGCUGCGAGGUUUGACAUGCCGCACUACGUCGUCGUUGACUCGGCGGGGUGGCUGUACGUGACGGAGGACGGCGGUGCGGUGCGGAUGGUGAGCCCGGAGGGCAACGUGACGACACUGGCGGGGUCGACGCCUGGGUACGCGGACGGUGCUGCGUCGGUGGCGCUCUUCACGCAGCCUUACUCGAUCGCGCUGGCCGAGAGGGGCACGCUGUACAUUGGCGAAGGCAAUUCGGGGAGGAACGCCAACUCAAGUCGGUUAUGUCCGGUCGGCCGGCGCUGUGUGGGUAUGCUGGAGUAUGCGUACGGGACGCGGCUGAAGGCUGCCUUCGAGAGCCUGGGGCUCGACGUGCUGGAGCUGUCGCUGGAGAAGCUUGGGUCGAUCUCGGUGGCGGAGGUGCAGCAGCUGGACGCGCUGGCGCUGGGCACGCAGGGCGUGUGCGACCUGCCGGGGCUGGAGGCGAUGGCGCUGAACGGCACGCUGGGCAACACGCUGCUGACGGCGGGGUCGGUCGAGGACUACAGGGCGAAGGAGAUGCGCUUCAGCGACGCGGCGGAGUACGGACGCGCGAGGGCGGUGAUGCUGGACGCGGCGGUGGCGUCGGACAGUGCGGUGGCCGGGACGCGGUGCGUGGUGAACGGCACGUGGGACGAUGCAUAUCAGGGGUCUUGUCAGGUUGUGUCGUGGGACCCGCUGGUGGAGCUGGCGGCGUGGCUGGUGGGCGGUAACUCGACGGGGCUGGCGGCGCACGUGAUCGGCGACAACGACCGCUGCACGAGAGCGAUCGGCCUCCCCACCGAGUACAUGUGGGAGCCUGACGCGGACGGGCGUGCACAGGCGGUGCUUGGCCCCGGGGUGGCGCCGGAGGCGCUGCCUGGGGGGCUGCGCGGUGUGUGGGACGUGCUGGACGUGGCGUGCGGCACGGGGCUGCCUGCGUCGGAGGAGUGCGGUACGCUGGAGGGGUCUGUUUGGUAUGACAACUAUCCGUUCCCUGUGGUGAAGCUGGAGGCGGCGGCGUUGCUGGGGAUGAAGCCGUUCUCGGUGGGGCUGAAGACGCGUACUGCGAGGGUGAUGUAUCGGCGCGAGGGCGACCCCGCGGCGCCGUGGCGGCCAAACGUGACGGACAUGACUUUUGCCCGCACACCGGGCGUGCCGGUGCCGGCGGUGGGGACGAUCGGCAACGUGACGAGCACGAUCACGGUGCCGGCGGGGUGCAUGGUGUGGGACGUGGACGUGGCGGUGUCCAUCAGCCACGAGCACUCGGCGGACCUGGAGCUGACGCUGGUGCACGGCGGGAAGACGGUGCCGCUGGCGUUCGACCAGGGCGGGAGCACGGCGGACGCGUUUGUGGGGACGGUGUUUGACGAUGAGGCUACUGUGGGGCUGUCGAGCAGCACGGGGCCGUUCACGGGCCGGUACAGGGCGCAGGGGGGCGCAGCGGGCUCGUCACCGGCACCGGGGACGUCGAAGUUUGAGUUUUUGGACGCGGCGGGGGAGUGGACGCUUGUGGUGGUGGACGACGAGGUGCUGGACGGCGGCGUGCUGCACUCGUGGCAGCUGCGGCUGCAGUGCUACGGCGAUGCGGAGAGCUUCGUGCGGGCAGCACUUGCACUGAACGCCACGCAGGAGACCCCACCCCUGACCACGUCGAGUGCAAGCGGCGCGUCGAGCGCGAGGCUUUGUCCGGUCGGCCGGCGCUGUGUGGGUAUGCUGGAGUAUGCGUACGGGACGCGGCUGAAGGCUGCCUUCGAGAGCCUGGGGCUCGACGUGCUGGAGCUGUCGCUGGAGAAGCUUGGGUCGAUCUCGGUGGAGGAGGUGCAGCAGCUGGACGCGCUGGCGCUGGGCACGCAGGGCGUGUGCGACCUGCCGGAGCUGGAGGCGAUGGCGCUGAACGGCACGCUGGGCAACACGCUGCUGACGGCAGGGUCGGUCGAGGGCUACAGGGCGAAGGAGAUGCGCUUCAGCGACGCGGCGGAGUACGGACGCGCGAGGGCGGUGAUGCUGGACGCGGCGGUGGCGUCGGACAGUGCGGUGGCCGGGACGCGGUGCGUGGUGAACGGCACGUGGGACGAUGCAUAUGUGGGGUCUUGUCAGGUUGUGUCGUGGGACCCGCUGGUGGAGCUGGCGGCGUGGCUGGUGGGCGGUAACUCGACGGGGCUGGCGGCACACGUGAGCGGCGGCAACGACCGCUGCACGAGAGCGAUCGGCCUCCCCACCGAGUACAUGUGGGAGCCUGACGCGGACGGGCGUGCACAGGCGGUGCUUGGCCCCGGGGUGGCGCCGGAGGCGCUGCCUGGGGGGCUGCGCGGUGUGUGGGACGUGCUGGACGUGGCGUGCGGCACGGGGCUGCCUGCGUCGGAGGAGUGCGGUACGCUGGAGGGGUCUGUUUGGUAUGACAACUAUCCGUUCCCUGUGGUGAAGCUGGAGGCGGCGGCGUUGCUGGGGAUGAAGCCGUUCUCGGUGGGGCUGAAGACGCGUACUGCGAGGGUGAUGUAUCGGCGCGAGGGCGACCCCGCGGCGCCGUGGCGGCCAAACGUGACGGACAUGACUUUUGCCCGCACACCGGGCGUGCCGGUGCCGGCGGUGGGGACGAUCGGCAACGUGACGAGCACGAUCACGGUGCCGGCGGGGUGCAUGGGGUGGGACGUGGACGUGGCGGUGUCCAUCAGCCACGAGCACUCGGCGGACCUGGAGCUGACGCUGGUGCACGGCGGUAAGACGGUGCCGCUGGCGUCCGACAUGGGCGGGAGCACGGCGGACGCGUUUGUGGGGACGGUGUUUGACGAUGAGGCUACUGUGGGGCUGUCGAGCAGCACGGGGCCGUUCACGGGCCGGUACAGGGCGCAGGGGGGCGCAGCGGGCUCGUCACCGGCACCGGGGACGUCGAAGUUUGAGUUUUUGGACGCGGCGGGGGAGUGGACGCUUGUGGUGGUGGACGACGAGGUGCUGGACGGCGGCGUGCUGCACUCGUGGCAGCUGCGGCUGCAGUGCUACGGCGACAUGGAGAGCUUCGUGCCGGCAGCACUUGCACUGAACGCCACGCAGGAGACCCCACCCCUGACGACGUCGAGUGCAAGCGGCGCGUCGAGCGCGAGGCUUUGUCCGGUCGGCCGGCGCUGUGUGGGUAUGCUGGAGUAUGCAUACCGGACGCGGCUGAAGGCUGCCUUCGAGAGCCUGGGGCUCGACGUGCUGGAGCUGUCGCUGGAGAAGCUUGGGUCGAUCUCGGUGGAGGAGGUGCAGCAGCUGGACGCGCUGGCGCUGGGCACGCAGGGUGUGUGCGACCUGCCGGAGCUGGAGGCGAUGGCGCUGAACGGCACGCUGGGCAACACGCUGCUGAUGGCAGGGUCGGUCGAGGACUACAGGGCGAAGGAGAUGCGCUUCAGCGACGCGGCGGAGUACGGACGCGCGAGGGCGGUGAUGCUGGACGCGGCGGUGGCGUCGGACAGUGCGGUGGCCGGGACGCGGUGCGUGGUGAACGGCACGUGGGACGAUGCACGUCAGGGGUCUUGUCAGGUUGUGUCGUGGGACCCGCUGGUGGAGCUGGCGGCGUGGCUGGUGGGCGGUAACUCGACGGGGCUGGCGGCGCACGUGAUCGGCGACAACGACCGCUGCACGAGAGCGAUCGGCCUCCCCACCGAGUACAUGUGGGAGCCUGACGCGGACGGGCGUGCACAGGCGGUGCUUGGCCCCGGGGUGGCGCCGGAGGCGCUGCCUGGGGGGCUGCGCGGUGUGUGGGACGUGCUGGACGUGGCGUGCGGCACGGGGCUGCCUGCGUCGGAGGAGUGCGGUACGCUGGAGGGGUCUGUUUGGUAUGACAACUAUCCGUUCCCUGUGGUGAAGCUGGAGGCGGCGGCGUUGCUGGGGAUGAAGCCGUUCUCGGUGGGGCUGAAGACGCGUACUGCGAGGGUGAUGUAUCGGCGCGAGGGCGACCCCGCGGCGCCGUGGCGGCCAAACGUGACGGACAUGACUUUUGCCCGCACACCGGGCGUGCCGGUGCCGGCGGUGGGGACGAUCGGCAACGUGACGAGCACGAUCACGGUGCCGGCGGGGUGCAUGGUGUGGGACGUGGACGUGGCGGUGUCCAUCAGCCACGAGCACUCGGCGGACCUGGAGCUGACGCUGGUGCACGGCGGUAAGACGGUGCCGCUGGCGUUCGACCAGGGCGGGAGCACGGCGGACGCGUUUGUGGGGACGGUGUUUGACGAUGAGGCUACUGUGGGGCUGUCGAGCAGCACGGGGCCGUUCACGGGCCGGUACAGGGCGCAGGGGGGCGCGGCGGGCUCGUCACCGGCACCGGGGACGUCGAAGUUUGAGUUUUUGGACGCGGCGGGGGAGUGGACGCUUGUGGUGGUGGACGACGAGGUGCUUCAUGUCGCACCUACCACGACGGCAUCACCCACCACGACGGCAGCGCCCACCACGACGGCGGCGCCCACCACGACGGCGGCGCCGACUACAACACCCGCGCCGCCCGAGGUGAUCUUGUCGUUCGUCACAUCAGAGGCGGACUGGAGCCCCUGCAGCGCCACGUGCGGCAGCGGGACCCAGACGGCGUCCGUGACAUGCAUGGAGCACGUGUUCUUCCCGUCGAACGGCACCUACACGCCCGGGACGGUCGUCGCCGACUCCCGCUGUCUGGAUGCUGGGCUGGAGCAACCGGCCAUGCGCACUCGGCCGUGCAUUGAGCCGCCGUGCAAGAAGCCGGUGCUGGAGUUUGGGGCGUUCGGGGCGUGCGACGCGCAGUGCGGCGGGGGGCUGCGGUACCGCACCGCAUCGUGCGUGGACGCGGUGACGGCGAUGCCGAUGGCUCUGUCGGAGUGCGCGUUCUCGCACGCGGCGAACUUCUCGCUGAUCACGGAGGCCUGCAACGAGACGCCGUGCGCGUCGUUCGUCCUGGAGUACCCCGACACGUGGACGAGGUGCUCCGCGGCGUGCUGGGACCGGGCGAACAACGCGUCUAUGCCCAUGCAGACACGUGCGGCGGUGUGCCGGGACGGGUCGACGAGCGCGCAGGUGGGGAUGGGGAACUGCACUGCGUUUGGGCUGACCGUGGACGCGUCGCUGCUGCAGCAGCCGUGCAACGCUGAGCCGUGCGUGACGUACGAGUGGCAGACCGGGGCGUGGGGCGCGUGCACCAACGCUGCGACGGGCGCUGCGGCCACGUGCGACGCGGGCGACGGGUCGACGUACGCACAGAGUCGCACGGUGUCGUGUCGGGGGUCGGACGGGAGCAGCGUGCCGGACGCGGAGGCAGCCAGCCGCUGCACGGCGCCGAUGCCAGCAGCGACACGGUCGUGCUCGAACUCCUAUCCGGCCGCGAGUCUGCAGCAUCUGGCGCUGUGCCCUGGCCGCGACGGCUGCAGCGCAAUGCCGUGUGCCUACUCGGCGGACACGAUCCCACAGGGCCGCCGCAACAAGUGCAUCCCGAACGGCGCGCUGUUCACGUGCGAGUGUGCGAGGGACGGCAACGGCAACGCGCUGUACACGGGUACGCGGUGCGAGUCGAUCGUGACGCCGGACUGCCCUGCGCCCGGGAAGAUGUAUGUGGUGAACGGCGUUGACACGUGCUGCGCGUCCGGGGUGUACACGUCGAAGCUGGAGUGCUGUCCGUUCGCCGACAUGGUGGAGGACGCGAACGGGGCGUGCUGCUUCAGGGACGCGCGGACCGCACGCGGGCGCGGGGACGUGCUGGACGGGUGCAACGUGUGCGGCGGCAAGGGCAAGGGGCGUGUUGGCGGGGAGUGCUGCGAGGGCACGGCCGACAAGCACGGCAAGUGCUGCCCGCCGAACAACCCCUUCACGGCGCUGAAGCAGGAGGUGGACGAGUGCGGGAACUGCGGGGGUGGCAACCGGGGGUGCAACUUUGAGGCUACGGUGACGUUCGACGUGCCGCCGUCGAACAGGAACCACCCGGAGCUGAACAGCAGCGUGGCGACGUGGGUGUCGGAGUCGACCGGCGCAGGGGGGCACCGCGUGAACGUGAAGGGCCACAAGUCGGGGUCCGGGACCAGAAUGAACUCGGACGUGACGAUUGGAGGCGUUCAGAAUGACGGGGACGCGGCGAUGAGUCAGGGCCGCAUUGCGGGCUCGAUCGCUGCGUCCGUUUCCCGCGGAAAGCAGCUCAGGACCAAGAAGCGCAUGUCUCACGCCUUGCGCGCGCUGAUGCAAACCACGCUGGGAACGGGGGCGGGUGUGCAGGCCGUUGGAACGCUUGCCGUCUGCGGCAAUGGUGCGUGCGAGGGCUCCUCCGAGACCGUCGUGGUCGGCUCGAGCGGGGUGACGGGAGGCUGCACGACCAUCGGGCCGUCCGGUGCGACCGACUGCGCGACGCCCAUCUACACCUGCAAGGCGCCGGACUGGGCCCCGACGGUGGCGUGCGGCGGUGUCGGAGCAUGCGUCGCGGACGACGCGUCUCUGCCCGUGCUGCAGCAGACGUCGAUCUGUCAGUGCGACACUGGGUAUGCCGGGGAGGCGUGUCAGGUGUGCGACACGGGGUACGCCGAGGCGGAGGGCAGCCGCGCGGCAGGGUCGCUGCGGUGCCUGCGUCUGACAGUGACGGCGUCGCAGGCGGUCGCGGCGACCAACCCGCCAGUGGUGCUGGCGACCGUCGCACCAGCAGCGACGCAGGGGCCAGCAGCAACGCAACUUUGA